UUGCCACCCGAAAAUCCAGGAAAUUUAAAGAAACUUCUAAAAAGUCCAGCAUACAUAAUUGAUUUAUUAUGUUGUGUCAGUAGUUCAUUUGCUCUAGGAUUUAACGAUGCAACGUUAGAACCUCAUCUAAGAGAAUUUGGUUUAUCACCGGUAUUAUUAGGAACGAUUUUUAUUGUUAUAGGAGCGAUCUACGCUCUUGGCUCGCCAAUUUGGGGUUUCUUAUGUGAUAAAUUGCAUGGCAGAUACACGCAUAUUUUAUGCACAGUUGGUAUAUUUUUAUCACUGAUAGGAUUCUUGUUCAUCGGACCGGUUCCAUUUAUACCAAUACCAACAACAUUAUGGCUCGUCAUCGUUGCUCAAGCGUUUCUGGGACUAGGAAUGGGAGGAAAAUUAAUCUGUUCUUUUAUUGAUGCAAUGACAGAAGCAAUCCGUAUAGGAUUGCCGGAUGAUGCAGCUACUUAUGGCAUAGUUUUUGGAACAAUCAUAUCCGCUUGUUCACUCGGCUCUUUCAUCGGCCCAUCUUUAGGUGGGUUCUUAUUAGAUCACGUUGGUUAUAAACAAGGUACAUUGUAUGUAGCGAGUGCUGAAUUUAUAACUGGAAUAAUUGUUGGAAGUUUUGCGAUAUGGCUUAAAUUUCGGCGAAGAACAGAUGAAGAGGCUCUUCUAAUAAAUUAAUGAAUGUAAUAUACCACGUAUUAGUACAGAGUGUUUGACAUACUUCAUCUUAACGCCAUUGACGAACAAGUGCUGGUACUAAAUCUAAACUUUACGAUCACCCUGUAUAUAAUGUAUACGUAUACUAUAAUGUAUAAACUUCGAAGAGAAAUAAUUUUUUAUCAAAAUCUGAGUAAAUUAGCUCCAAAAUUUUUUUAAAAAAGGCAAUAGAUUAUCAUAGACAAAGUUUUCGAAUGACCUAAGGCGUAUAAUUUUGUAAUACUUAAUGCACUAAAAAGUCCAAAUAGAGAAGUACUGAAUGUAAGUAGAGUAGUACAUUCUUUAAUUUUCCUCCUGA